AGCUCGGCUCAGUGAGCUGACAGUCCGCUGUGAGCCACCGUCGCUGCUGUAAAUGGUAAAACCCCCACUGUGGAAAGCAAAGGAGGGCGGAAUAAGGAGCAGCCCCUACUGGAGGAGCUACCCAGGUUUUAAAACCCAACAUUACACCAAGCUAAAAGAAUAAAUAACAAAGUCGCUCUUGUCAACCUGACCACAGUACGCUUGGAGGAAUCGAGGAACCUGCAGAACUUGUCUGAGCCUGCCAGCAGCAGACGUGUACUGUGCAAUGGCUCUGUUAACCCUGCAUAGGCUCCCAUCCAUCUCUGCUCCAUUGCGUAACAGGAUGAAAGCUUCCAAAAAAGAGGGCGACUUCAGAAAAGGGAGAGCUUCGCUCUCGUAAAGGGGGCGGUGCUUCUGCUGGAAGAGGGUCAGAGGGAGGGCCUUGAUGAAGAGUCUCCUCCACCUACAUCUCCCCUGAAGCAGAGUGAGAACACGUCAGACACACGGCACAAACAGCUUCAUGCUAUGAUUGAACAGCUCAGACCAGAGGACACCAUCAAGCUGGCGGUGCAGUUGGAGUCUGUCAACCCCGUCAGAGUCAGGUAUCUGAUCGUUGUCUCAACGCUCGGAAACAAACAAGAAAGCAUUCUACUAGGCAUGGAUUUCCCCAACUCAGACAGUGAUCUGUGCACCAUCGGCCUGGUUAUGCCCAUAUGGAGCGACACACAGGUGUAUUUGGAUGGAGACGGUGGUUUUAGUGUGACAACAGCAGAAGACAAAAGGAUCUUUAAGCCUGUUUCCAUGCAGACCAUGUGGUCAGUACUGCAGGUGUUGCAUGGCUGCUGUGAGCGGGCAGUGAAGGCAGCAGUGAUCCCAGGUAAUGGCCUUGAGUGGGCUCAACACUACCACCAGCACGUCGAGUCUGACCGCUUCUGCCUCAAUGAAUGGGAAGCUAUGGAUGACCUUGAGUCUGUCAGGAGGGACAGUGAAGGACAAAGCUCUGAAGACAGAAUGUCCAAGGAGAGACUGAUCAAAGAACACUUGAGGGACAUCAUGAUGACUGAGGACCUGGACAGCCUUACGUCUAAAAUGGUGCACGCUGCCCUGCAGACCAGAAUAGGAUUCGACAUGAGACCCUAUAAGGAGUACAUUGACAAUGAGAUUCUGGUCACGAUGGCUCAAAUGGACAAACCCUCCAAAAUAUUUGACUACCUUUACCUGGGCUCUGAAUGGAACGCAGCUAAUAUUGAGGAGCUGCAGAGAAACAAUGUCGGGUACAUUCUGAAUGUGACCAGAGAGAUAGACAACUUUUUCCCCGAGUCGUUCACAUACAUGAACAUCAGAGUUUAUGAUGUGGAAGCCACUGAUCUGCUGUCUCACUGGACCGACACUUUCAACUUUAUCAACACGGCAAGAAAGAGCGGGCAGGCGGUGCUGGUGCACUGUAAAAUGGGCGUGUCUCGCUCUGCGUCCACUGUGAUCGCCUACACCAUGAAGCACUAUCGCUGGCCUUUGGAUGUAGCACUGGCCUACGUCAAGGAACGCCGAUCCAUCAUCAAACCUAACGAAGGUUUCAUGAAGCAGCUCCAGACCUACAGUGGCAUCCUCAACGCCAGCCAACAGCGCCACAGUACGCUAUGGAGGCGCAAGUCAAGAGACCAACGGCAGAAAUCACUACGCAAGGAGGAAGCAGAGGACAGUGGAAAACCAGGAGAGGAGGAGGAGGAUGAGGGGCUUGAUGAUGAUGAUGAUGAUGAUGAUGAUGAGGAAGAGGAUGUAGAGAGUGAAGAUGAAAAAGAUUUAAGUAGCCCAAAUGACUCAGACGACACAGGAGAGGUAUUUCAAGAUUCUGCUCCUCCAUCUGGAACUGAUCAGGAACCUGCAGCAUCAGGACCUGCAAGCGUUAAUCCUACCAUCACAAUAAAUGAACCUGGCAAGGUUGCUUCAAGUGUUAAUCGCAGUGGCAGGAUGAACCUGUUUUCUCUCAUGCAGUCCAUUAGUGAACUAGACGAUGACCAAAAAGGAAAUGACCAGCUGCCUGGCAGUCCGAGGCGGUCUCCAGUGCAGCGGAGGCGUAGUCAUGGGCGACGGGGUCUGAUGCACCAGAAAGCAUGUGUGGAUGUUUCACCAGAACCUCGAAGCCUCCAAGAAGGCGGUCAAAGCAAAUAGAAAUAACGUGUUGAGGAGACGGUAGAACAGGGAGCUUCAAGAGGGAGAUGGAUGGUUUAAAGAAGGUAAUGGAUGCUGCGAAUUCACAGCCUGAAGGAAAGUGAACUGUCGUAACAUGCCAAGGUUUUCAUACACCACUACUGUCCAGCACAGCUUUAUAUUUGAGAUUAUUUACAGAUGAUGCAAGUUAACUUAUAUUUAGCAGUUCUUGAUGCAUCUGGAGGGUUUUUAUACUGCUGCAGUAUUGUGAAAAUAGAUCAAGGACAUGGUGGCUGAAGUCAGUGUCGGUAAACACUGGUGUUUGCAGUUUAGUCAGUGUUUGUAUCCUGUUUCACACACACAGAUGUACCUGUCUCUCCCUCUGUGUAGCAUCCAUCACCCUCUUAAGCUCCUUUGUUUCCUUUUUUGCUGUGUGUCACCACUCCACAGAAAAUAUCUAUGCAAUUACUGUUCUCUUUGACUUUCCUCUGAGGCUGUAUGCUGCCAAACUAAGCUAAAAUGUAACGGUGUUUUUUUUUUUUUUCAUGUUCUCUUAUUGUAAGUCUUUUCACAAGACGUGCUCUCAAAUGGAGGAUUUUAUUGUAUACCACUGUAUCGAAGUUGUGCAUCAAGGACCAAGUUAUGGCCAGUUUUAUGGCACAAGCCUGUUUGCCAAAAGAUAUACUCCAACGUGCCAAGAAACUCGUUUCUUUUUCUUAUAUCAGUGCAUCAAGAACUAAUGUUACCCAUUGUAUCUUAUUUCAGUCUGUCAGGGCCGUAUGAGUGCCUUCAAACUGAGAAUGAGAAAAGCUGGUGUGGUGGUGGCUGCAUAUUGUAUGUAUCUUUUCUUUGUAUGAUUGCAGUAUAAAUGUGACUUCCAAGUUUUGCAUGUAUGCAUGAUGUGUGUACACAAGUACUGACACAUAAUUGCUGAUAACCUGGGUGCACGUUCUUUGUUUUGUAAUGACUUCUGAGAGCAAAGUCUUCAGGGUUUUCUUGUGUAUUUAUGAUCAAAGUAAACUGCUCAGAAUACCGUUUCCAGAAUUAUCAUCAAUCUACACUGAGGUGGGAUAUUUUCAUUUCAUGCUGGUUUUAAUUUUUAUCUAGUGUAUCCAAGUGGAAGCUAACAUUAUUUAGUCUGCAUGCCCAUCAUGCACUUUAUAAUCACACUGUUCCCACUGCCUGAGCCAACAUCAUGCUGUACUGUGAUCAAAAUGAUUGAUGAAUUUCUUCUUUCCGCUUUAAUGUAUGAAAACUCCACUGUCUGCACCUCACAGCGAGCACUAUGAGAGAAAAAUAAAUGAUUAUACUCAAAG